AUGAAGCCUCCGUCGCCAGCCCAAUGCCCCAGCUCUCCGUCCCUACCCGCCACAGCUGAGCCUGCCGGAGCGCAUUAUUCCUCGCCGGACCCACGGCGCUCCUCUUCUGGCCUCGUCGGCACGCCCCCGCGCGUCGCCGGCGAUCCUACGGGCACCCACUAUUCCUCGCCGGACCCACGCCGUACCUCCGCUGCCACCGCCGGCACUACUCCCCCGCGGGGCGCCAGCGACGACGCGUGCGUCGUCAUCAACGACGUCGACGCCUUCGCGCGCACCAUCGCCGCCAUCCGGUCCAAGCCCCCCGCGGCGGCGACCUCGCCCUCCUCCUCGGACCACCUCGCCUCCGUGCUGUCCCACUACGCGGCAAGGUGGCUCCCGGACGUCGUCGCGUCGUCCCCUUCAGGGCGCUUCCUGCCGCCACCGGAGAGCCCCACCGCCACGUGGCUCAAGAAGCGGCUCCUCCUCGAGUCCCUCGUCGCCGCGCUCCCGCCCGAUGACGGCGACGACCGGGACGACGGCAUCGCGUGCGACUUCCUCCUCCGCCUGCUCCGCGCGGGGAGCAUGGUGGGCGCCGACGCGGCGCUUCUGGGCGACCUCGAGGCCCGCGCGGCGCGGCGGCUCGACCAGGCGUCGCUGGGCGCCGUGAUGAUCCCGGCGUUCGGCAACGGAGGCGCCGCCGCCGCCCGCGACCACCACCACGGAGCGAUGACAACGACGCUGCUGGACGUGCACCUCGUGCUCCGCCUGGUGCGCGGGUUCCUACGGGAGGGCGCCAAGGCGGGUGGUGGCGGCGCGGCGGCCGCCAGGGUGGCGAAGCUGGUGGACGCGUACCUCGCCGAGGCGGCGCUGGAGGCCGGGCUGCGGCCGGCGGAGUUCGAGGAGCUCGCGCGCGCCGUGCCGGCGCACGCACGCGCCGCCGACGACGGGCUGUACCGCGCCGUCGACACCUACCUCAAGGCGCACCCGCAGGCGAGCAAGGAGGAGCGGCGGUCGCUGUGCCGGGUGAUCGACGCGCGCAAGCUGUCGGCGGAGGCGGCGGCGCACGCCGUGCAGAACGACCGCCUGCCGGUGCGUUGCGUGGUCCAGGUGCUCUUCUCGGAGCACGGCAGCAAGCUCAGCCGCCUCGCAGACUGGAGCGGCUCCUUCCGGUCCCUGCAGAGCAGGAGCCCCGCCGCCCUCGACCUCUCUUCCGCGGCCGCCGCCGCCGCCCGGUGCCCCUCCAAGCGAGAGGUCGUCUCGCAGCACCAGGAAAUGCGCCGCCUCCGCGAGGACGUCGCCAGGCUCCAGGUGCAGUGCCACGCGCUGCAGGCGCAGGUGGAGCGGCUGGGCUCCGAGAGGCGGCGGCGGGGGCUGUUCAAGUGGGGCGCCUUCCUGUUCGGCGGCGGCAUAGGCGCGGACGCGGCGAGGGUGGACGACUCCGACAGCGGCAUGGAGAGGACGCCGCUCAGCGGGACCAAGAAGGCCCGCGCCGCCGCUGCCGCCGCGGGGUCGGUGCCGGUGACGGGCACGCCGACGGUGGCCAGGUGGCGCAGGUCGCACUCCUGA